AGCUACUAAUCGAAGUAACGCCAGACGUGAUUUUAUAUUUCUAAAAGCUGGAAAGGUGGACUUGUGCUCAGCUAAACGUUGCUGCAUCAGCAAGCUCCUAGCUGAAACCCACAUCUUCACAAGACUGCAAGAACAUCCCUUCUUUCAGUCUGGCUAGUAUAAUACCCUCGGUGGUGUUAAAUGGAGCUCGGUUUAUAUAUAGCUGGAUGACUUGCGCGAUUUACAACGUACAUAUUUACAGAGCAGACUAAUACAAAUACAUAAGUUGAUCAGUCGCCACGCAGUGGACAGCCUAAACGCAGGCGCCUGGUCCAGUAGGGCUGUGCCGUCCUCGUGUACGUGUAGGCCAGCGAUAUAAGAAGAGGGAAGGUGUUCGUUAAACGUACAACUUUAAACCCCAUUCCGUGCUCUAUAAUGUGCUUUGCUCGCUCUCUCCUAAUUCGGCAGGCUUUGCGAAGAGUCUGGAGUGUUCAUGGCAGGCAUCGUAACCCACUGAGUUAAUAUGUAUCUGGUUAAUUUACUUGCUGGUCAGUCUAGGUGCAGGAGACUCAGCUCUACGUUGUGUAACUGCGUUCUUUAACGUAUACACCUGAUACAAGCAAAGGAAGGUUUUAAAGGAACACUCCACUCUCAGACCUAAAUAAAAGGAAGAUAUUUUGAGCUUUAGAGUAGUUUAGAAUGUUUUGCUGUAUUUUUGUGAAAUGCUUUAUUGGAGUUAAAGGGAAUGGAUGAACAUUUGGUCUAGGCUAUGAGCAGGUCUUUAGUCUGUAACUGAAGGUUUCUCCAGCUCACAGGGACUUCAGCACAGCAUGCGAUCCCAGUGUAAGCAGGAGUGUAGAUUUACAGCCGUUGCACCGGACAUCUCGCUCUAUUUUAGGAUAACAUGGCCUUUUAAAAUUCUGAGUAAAUACUUUCCCACAGUUCCCUGAGCCAGCUGUCACAAGCCGAGUCUGCAAUUACUCCAUCCUCUCUAACUCCUUAUUGACCUGGAGCUAAACUCCAUUCCCCCUAACUCCCUGCUCAGAUGAAGUUAAAGUGCUACAAAAAACAAUCUGGGCUGCAGGUGAUGUUGAGCACUCAAGGUUCUGUACCAUGGGCUGUGCCUGUGGAUGUCUGUCCCACCGCUGGCACUACCAGACUCCCAACACACUCAGCUGGUUUUAUACCAAACCCUUUAGUGUUGAGUCAUGUGCUUCAGCUCAGUUGAGUUCCCCCAGGACUGGGAGUGGUGUGUGUGUGUGGGCAUGCUCACUCCAGUUCAGACAGGCACCCUGCUCUGCUGUCUCUUAUCCAGGUGCAAAACCAGCAAGUUACGGUGAGUUGGAGUGGAGCCCCUGCUGGCCAUGCUGAGUGUUUGCGCUGUGCUUCUGUUGGCAGCCACUGCUUCUGUGUGCUCACCAGAGUCCGACACACACACACACCAGCCCAGACAUGACUCCAAUUUGGAGAUCUAUAAGCGUCUCUUUGAGACUAAGAGGAAGGAUCAACUGAAUGCACUGAAGAACCUGGUGGAGCUUAAUGACGUCAACCAGCAGUACAAGAUCAUCGACAUCAUGCUCAAAGGCCUCUUUAAGGUAUUGGAGGACUCCCGAGCUGUUCUCAUAGCUGCUAACAUGCAGCCUGAUGAUCCAUUCCCUUUGGACGACAAAAUAAAAGAGGCGUACUCCCAUGUGGUGGAGAACACAGCGUUCUUCGGUGACGUAGCAUUGCGGUUUCCGCGGAUCGUGCAUCAUUAUUACGACCGUAACACAGAGUGGGGGGGUCUGCUGCGCUGGGGUCUGCGAUUCUGCAACCAGACCGGGGUGUUCAGCGGGGGGGCCCAUCAGCACGUCCUCACACUGAUGUCACAGGAGUUGGGAAUUACAGAGAAGUCUCCAGACUUCACUAACCCCUACCGUACGGAGAGAGACGAUGUGCUCCACACUGCAGAGGCCUUCCAGAAACUUCUUCGUGAAGAGCAGAAGCGAAGGAGGAAGGAGGAGAAGAGGAAAGAGAUGAGGAAAGGCCCCCGCAUCUCUCGCUCCCGCACUGAGCUAUAGCGCCGCCUGUGGCCAAACGCUGACCUGUAGCCAGAGAGACAUUCAGGGAGGCGGGGGGGGGUGGCGGUAGAUCACACAGAUCUCGGAAUCAGUGGAGGUCAGAGGUCAGGCAGGGUACAACAGGUGAGCAAAAAAGAAGAAAUGAUGGACUUCAUGUCAAAGAGAAGCCUGCUGGUUAAGGGGUGUGGCCAUGGGCGUAGUCAUGGGUGUGGCCUGUGAUGGGUGUUCUAGGACAUCUUCAGCUAUGACAGUGCAACACCACACUGAUUUUAUACUGUUUCACUUUGAUGUUAAUCCUGAAAAUACAUAAUGUAAAAGAAGUUAUUGAACUUAAAUAACUUAUUAUAAAGUCAUAUAAAUAAGAAAUACAGAAUAAACUAGUAUAACAGUGAGAGCUGUGUUUUUACAGCCAGUCGUUUACAUCGUUGAUGCUGUAGUUCUGUAAGCCUGCAUCACCAGUGACUGGGAGAUGGCUGCGGGAAACAUGAACCUGCUGGGAUGUGCUACCAUCAGACCUCACACAGGCAGGUUUGCUAUAGAAGAGGAUUUGAUGGGAAAUGUUUCUUAACUGAAUUCAAUAGCUAGAGCUUGUUUAGAAUAUUUGAAGAUGUACAAAUCUUUGACUGAAUUUGGUACCUGUCAGUUCUUAGGAAGGUUAUAUUUUUUAAAAAUGUAUAAAAACUUUGAUUAAAGUUUUAAAUGACAAUUAUGUAGGCUCAUUUAUGUUAAAGAUUCUAUUAGAAUGUGUGUAUGCGUGUGUGUUGGGCAGUAUUAAGUUUUUGUCUAGUGUCCCGUGUGAAUCAUUAAAAAACCUCCUCUUGUAUCUGAA